AUGUCCAGGAUGGAAUACAUACUAAUCAGAGCAGAGGUCGACAACUCGCGUGCGCCGCGCAAACAAGCCCUCGGUGGUUCGCUCUUCUCAUCGUCUACGGUCCCCCCUGAGCUCACGCCUGUUGCUCCACUCGCGACAAAUCUGCAAAAGGCGGAGCUGAACACCAAGCCGGCUGUCGCAGCCGCAAACCAGGACUAUGAGAAGCACACAGCGCCCGGCAGCACUAUGCCAUCGCCCCCGAUGCACGCAGCUGGACUUGCGGCACUCGUAAAGAAGCUCGCAGUGGCCGAAGGCGCCGUCGCAGAGAGUAUCAAAGCACGACAAGCUCUCGUUGCUGGACUCGAGAAACUACUCGAAUCGAACAAGGGCAAGCUCGAGCAUGAAGAGGCGCAAAUGGUGGACCUGAGGACUCGCAAAGACGCCAUUGAGGGCCGCAAGCGCAAAGUCGAGGAGGCCAUCCUCAAGGGUCUCUCAGCCGCUGAGACGAACAGAAUCUCCACAGCGGCACCCCUUCCAGCUGCGACCACGUCUCCCGUGACCCGGGAACGCCCCCAGGUUGAGGAACUCACUCCGCCACCUAUGGAGUCUUUCACUCCCGUUGGCUCACCGCAGCUAGCACCUGUACAAGCUGUUGAGCAGGUGCCAGACAUUGGCGACGAUCCACAAAGUGCACCCGCACCUGGUGGUCAGUCCACUGAGCCUGCUUAUGCGACAGCGAUUGGUGAUGAGCCGAACCACGCGGCUGCCGACUUGCUCAAGAGCCUGCAACACCCGCGCAUUGAGUCAGGUGGCGCUUAUGGCCAGGAAGCAUACCAGCAAGCAUACAAGAAGAGGAAGAUGAGCAAGAACAAUGCGGAAGAUGACUUUGCGGCCUUCGCUGGCGAUGGAGACAUGGAGGGCAUCGAUGACAAUCUCAGUGCGCUCAUUUAG